GUUCUUUCCCCCAAACAACAUCCGCAAUCAUCGGCCUGCCUUGCGCUCCCUCAGCUCAGCUCCUAACCCCAGACAAGACAAGACAAGCAAGACAAGACAAGACGUGACCACCCACUUUUUCACACAUCCAUCCCAUCAUUGUCGCCUCUUCAUCACUCAGCUGAGCCUCUUUUUUUUAUUUUUUUUAUUUGCUGCAUCCACAAAGAGCCACAAAGCACCUAUACUGCCUCAACCACACUACUACUAUACUCUCUAUCGUAUUUUCAAUUAUCUACUACUACUAGUUCUACUAGCUUCGAGUUGCUGCUGCUGCGCGAUUUGUGUGUGGAGGAGGAAAAAGAAACCGGGCGCCAAGUUCUGUUGUUGUUUUUGUUGUUGUUGUCUUAGGUUGGUUUUUGCACGUUCCAGGUUUCACGGUUUGGACUUGGAACUUCAAAUUCAGAGGAUCUCCGCAUUUGCCGGCCACCACCACCACCACCACUACCACCACCACCAUCAAUCACCACAUCGAGAACGACCCCCGACCCCGACGACUAUCUAGACAACAACAACAACAUCGAGCACAACCCUGGGAAGUGUGUACCUGAAUUCGCAACACAUUUACAUCGCAUCAACUCGCGUGCGUCGGCCGGCCUUGCAUCGACAACAUCGGGCCGUUGAAGCGCGCACAUUGCACUGCAUUCGCCAAUUGACGCGCCUUCCCAUUGUCGUCGCCAAUUUCAGGAUCGAUUGCGCGGGCGGGUCUUUUCAUCCCAUCCCCCUCCUUCCUUCAUCGCAUCCUUUCAGGCCCUUUGUCGCCUGGGUAGCGGUCAUCUCAUUGGUCGCACACUUUUGUUGUUGUUUGGAGAACAGUUUGUCCGAUAUCCUGUCAGCCUUGUUUGUGUACGGUAAAAAAAAAAAAAUGAUGGAGGUAUUUCGCAGUCACGGGGCCGUGACUCCCUCCGGCCCGCACUCUCCAUCCGACAUCCACACCCCGCCAGCGCCGCUUCACGGAUUUGAGGAUCAUUGGGAGCCUUACACGCCGCGCAAGUCCGCACGCAUUUCCCAGCGCACACAGGCCCAAGCAGCCUCAUCCUCAUCCCGCAGCCGCGCCCGCACCCCUUCACCCCAACCAACCCCCAGACGUCACAUCUCAUCUGCUGCCGACAAACAACAACAACCCCCGCAACCCCAUCACAAAUCUACAGGUUCGCCAAAAUCAACAAAACGUCAACCCCAUCACCAUCAUCACAACCAUCAUCAGACUGAAGCUGCUGAACCUUCAUCGUCGUCGGCCAUGGUCACCCCAACCUUUACGCCCGUGAAGAAGCGCGCGGUCAACCCCGCCCUGGAUUCAGUUCAUCGCGCCUCAAGAACUCUCGAUGACUCCCUUCACGCCCCCCUCGGUCGCUCAACUGGAGCUGGCAGCCUCAUCACCCCCGCCAAGACUCCCAUCAAGCCGCCGACGGAGCGCAGCAAGUCCCAACUGAAGGGAGUCACAAAGACUCUUUUCAGCAGAAAGGUUGACGAAAAUGAGGUCAUGCCCAGUCCCAAGAAGGCGCGCGCCAAGAAGCAGAGCAAUGAGGAGGAGGAAAUUAGUAUUUUCACUGACUCCCAUGAGCGCGUGCCGGUGGUUGAUGACAGCAUUGAAAACCCUUUUUACGGCACCAAGACAACAACAAAAACUACCACCACUACCACCACCACUACUGAGCGCACCUCGACCCGCCGAAGCACCCGGAAUCUGGUCAACAUCCCCGGUGAGGGCGUGGUGAGUUUGGAGGAGGCAGUUGGCCGCAAGGACGGCAUGCUUAUCAUGUUCCGCGGAAAAAAGCAGUUCCGCAAGUUCGCUGAGGUGGAAGAGGAGGUGGUGGAGGCUGAUGGCGAGUUUGAGAGUGCGGUUGCCUCUCCCUUGAGACGUCCUCUUACCCGCUCCUCCAUCAAGCCCCGUCUGCUGUUCCCACCCAAGCCCAAGGAGGCCAAGGUACCUGACUCAGACGAAGAGGCACCCACCGACAUUGAGGAUCACGUCUUGGAGAGCCUGAAGACCGAGGAGGAGAAGAAACAGGAGAAGGAGGAGGAGAAGGAAGAGGUCAUCGAGCCUGAGAUGCCAGCCGAAGAGGCCAACGAGAAGCCCCUUGGUGAGCCCCAAGAGGCAGACAAGGAAAGAGCCAGUACCCCCGAGACGACACCGUUAGCACCAGCUUCACCGCCAGCCACAGCACGCACCACAAGAGCUGGCAGCAAGAAGGCUGCAGAAGACACACCCAAGAAGGCCAAACCCAAGGGAAGGAAGAGUCCAUUUGACGCGUUCCGUCGAACCAAGGCCGGUGCCUCUUCCAGCGCUGGUACAAAGAGAGCCAGCGAAACACCAUCGGUCGGUGCCGGUCCAGCUAAGCGAACUAGGACUUGAUCACGCGCUGGCAGAUGGUACACAAUUUUAUGGGUGGUGGUCUUUGUGCGUUUCCUUUCAAAAGGGUUUUUUUUACGGCGCCGGCGGACGGCAUGACCAUUACACUGGCUUGACUUUGACAUCUCAAACAUUAUUGCUUUUGACGGGACUGGACACUCAACAAUGGGGUUUGGAGGCGUUGGGAACAUGGAAUCACAACGCAAGGCGUUUUAUCUUUUAGGGCAGGGCAAUCGACACGGCACAAGGACAGCCACAUGGGUUGAAGACGACGAAUAAACCACACGAGACAGAGAGAGAAUUAUGUGGCGCAACUUAUUCGGGAUUGGUGGUUACUUUUUGUUUCGCGUUCAUGGAAAGAUUGCAUGUCUGGUGAUUUGUCAACGUCUGGAUGGGAGAUUCUGUGACUGGAAUUUGGGAGUGGUGGGGCCAGCGAAGGCAUUCAUCCCCUUUUUUUUCCUUUUCCCUCGUUCCAUUUUUGUUUUCCUAUUUCUUUUUCUCACCUUGUGUUGUACAAGUGCAUGGCAUGGUAUAGCAUGGCAAGAUUGCACUGCACCUGUUGUUAUUUCCGUUUCGGGUUGUUUUCGCUUCUUUCCUUGACUUGUUGAUUGUUGCUUUACAAGGGACAAAAGCAGGCUAGGCUACAAUUACUGAAUCAUUUGAGACUUUCUCUUCCGUUCAUGCUACACAUGUUCUGAUACUGCUCCGGAUGGUAGAUAGACUGACGUUGAUUGUGUGUGGAUGUGGUCCAUUCACUUGAUGGCAUAAGGGCAUGAAUCUGGACUUCAUCCGAUACUCGGUCAAAUGACGUCUAGAUAGGGUCGGGAGAUCACACAAUCUGGAUGCAAGGCUACAACUUAGUCUAGGUAGUUUAGUCAAACCUCUAUGCAGUCAUCGAUCAGUUUGAGUGGUCUCUGGUGUGUUCAACGUGUCAGGCUUGGAGGAGAACGAGGUUUCAAUACGGUUUAGACAGCUCUUAAAUUGAUGGCUAUGAUAAGAGCCAACUAAC